GUUAUAAAUAUAUUUUUUAAAACUUCCAUAAAUAAAUUGGUGUUAUAUGCAUAUAAGUAAUAUUUAUAGUUAUAUACAAAAUGGCCGCUACAGAGGAACCACCCAAGACCAUUACUAUUGAGGUACCAAGUGAACCACCAGUCAAUCCUACAGAGAAAUUACUCAAAUGGUAUAGAAAAAAACUUGAAAUAUGUCCACGCGUGGACAAUGAUAUUGAGACCUCACCCAGCUAUACUGCUAUUGUUGUUCAGGCAUUACUAGAUGAGACACCAUCUGAAAUGAAAGACAAGGCCAAACUUGAAGAGAUUUUUCAGAUGUUAUUUGAUACGGAAUGUAAAGUCGAAGACGUAAUCGUAGAAGAAGUGAAGGAAAUCAAGAAAGAACCGGAACCACUAUUAAAAAUAGGCAAUCUAUCAAGUUAUUUUCGAAAAAUCAAGACUACAAAUAUUUUGGCUCGGAACCGUUUUUCUGUAAAAUAUGAUCACCAAAAACGCACAUCAAUAGUCCAAAAAAAACCAGAAGAGGAAUUAGAGUUGUGGGAUUUAGAAGCGGACCCUAUAAUAUGCGAACGUAUAUUUGAUGAUGACAGGGAUGUAAGUCGGCAGCCAAGUUUCACUAAGUUUGUUUUGCCUUAUUCAUUGAUUUGCCAAAUGCGUAUUGCAAAAAAAAGACGUGAGUUUGAGAGACAAUUUCAAUACGAAAUUAAACAACUUCUGAGAUACAAUCAAAGUGCUUUAGAAACUGCUAUGUUUCACAGUCACAUGGCCUACACAACUAUGUGGCCACCAUUGCAUAAUCGAAGGGAAAUUGAAAAAACUUCUCAGAUGUUUGAACUCUCCAAAGCGGAGCAGAAACGCUUAAACUACUUGAUGAACAAUGAAAUUACAUAACUAAUUCUGACUUCUGUCGAAAGUAAUGAAUAUAUUUAAUUAAUAUAAACCAUACAUUAGUUAACCUAUUCAGCAUUUGAAAAUAAAUUUUUAAAAAUCAAAA